CUCUUUUUAGGAACAUCAUCAGGCUGAAGAACAAAAGAAUUUAAAAUGUUUUCGAACUGCACGUAUCAGUUAUUGGUGUAUGAAUGGUAUUAAAUAGGCAGCACCGCAUAGGGAAGACCAAACGAAUUUAAAGUAUCUCUUCUCAAAUCAUCAUUGUGCAACAGGUUAAAACUCUGUUUCGUUGGCAAAUUAAAAUGAAUCUACUACACGGUUUGUUUUCGGUGCUAUUUAUCGUUGAAUUUUCGGAACUUCAUGGAAAACAUGGCUUCUUUUCGCAAGCUCUUCUCAAGGGCGAAGUAAUUGAAAACAUGUCACAGGCAAAGUUUGUAGCUGGAAUCCAUGUCCCCGCAAAAUAUUUGUAUGCGUACAAAGACAAUGUAACUGAUGCUGAUAGAGAAAUGCUGUCUACAUGUACCGCAUUUAUUCUGUCAAAAACGGAAAUUAUCACGAAUGCCCAUUGUGUGGCUGGCGCUCCAUAUGUUUAUGUGGUAGCUGGUACCAAAGUUGCAUUAGAUGAAAAACAAAAAAACCUAAUCAAAGUCGAAAAAGAGAACUUGGCAUAUCAUCCUCUUUAUAAUGAAUCAAUUGUUGGUGCAUUUGAUAUUGCCAAAAUUACACUGGAAAAGCCAUUAGAGUUCAGCGAAACCGUUGGCAGUAUCAAACUCGUAGACAAGGAUUACAAAUUGAAUAACUCAUCAGAAAUGGUCACUGUCUAUGGGUAUGGCGUGUUGAAUCUACCAAUGAUAUUGAGGCGUUGCGAUGCGAACUAUAUAUCUGAUGUCAAACGGGCCAACACAUUCAACCCAGUUCAGACUUUGUACUUUACCACUGGUGAUACUACAAAAGAUGGUGAAAUUAUUACAGCGGGCGAUUCGGGUGGACCAGUCGUUUCAAAAACAAAUGGCAAAAUCGUGGGCAUAACUGUGGGUAUAAAUGGAACAACAAGUGGUCGUGGAAUGUUCCUUCCAAUUACUCUAUUCCUUGAUUUUAUUCAUGACCCAAAGAGUGUGAAACCAAUUCCACCACCGCUUACACCUAACGAAGCUAAAUUUAUGGCCGAUAUAACGGUACAGCCAAAAUUUCUUACCUCCUACAAAGAUUCAUAUGCCGAUGCCGACGAAAAUUUUCAACUACAAUUUAAUGCAAUCAUUUUGUCGGAAACGAAGAUUUUGACCUGUGCACAUCAAGUGCACGGCGCCCCAUAUGUCUAUAUAAUAGUUAAUAAACUAUCAAGCAAUCCGACAAAAAUCAAAGUCACCGAAGACCAGAUAGAAAUUCAUCAGAAAUAUACAUUGUCGGGAUUUGCAUUUGACAUUGCCAAGAUCACACUUAAAGAACCGUUGGAGUUCAACGAUAACGUCGGCAGCAUCGAUUUGGUGGACAAAGAUUACAAAUUGAAUGACCCAUCCGAAAUGGUCACUGUCUAUGGUGAUAUGGUAUUGCAUGGAACAAUGAGAAUGAGACGUUAUGAUAUAAAAUAUUUGAAUGGGACCAAAUGCAAACCGAAGUUGGGCGAUCUAUUUGAUGCAAAUCAUUUGAUGUGUUACACUUUUGAUGAGAGUAAUGGAAAUCCCUGUGCGUUUGGAGGACCAAUGAUUUCGAAAAAGAAUAACAAACUCGUGGGCAUGACCAUAAUUGGUUUACCUGAUGAGCCAGUUAUUUUUCAACCGAUUGUACCGUUGCUUGAUUGGAUCCGGAAGCCAAGGAGCGUUACACCUAAUGAAGCUAAAUUCUUGGUCGAUAUAUGGGUACCGGGAAAAUUUCUCACCGCUACCAAGGAAGCAUAUGCCAAUGCCGAAGAAGAUGAUCAAAUACAAUUUAAUGCAAUCAUUUUAUCAAAAACGGAGAUUUUGACCUGUGCACAUAAUGUGCACGGCGCCCCAUAUGUCUAUGUAAUAGUUAAUAAACUAUCAAGCAAUCCGACAAAAAUCAAAGUCACCGAAGACCAAAUAGAAAUUCAUGAGAAAUACGCAUCGUCUAGAUUGACAUUUGACAUUGCCAAGAUCACACUUGAAGAACCGUUAGAGUUCAACGAUAACGUCGGCAGCAUCGAUUUGGUGGACAAAGAUUAUAAAUUGAAUGACCCGUCCGAAGUGGUCACUGCCUAUGGUGAUGUGGUAUUUGAUGGAACCAUACAAACAAGACGUUAUGAUACAAAGUAUUUGGAUGGCGUCAAAUGCAAACCGCAAUUGGGCGAUUUAUUUGAUGCAAAUCAUUUGAUGUGUUACACUUUAGAUGAAAUUAUGGGAACUCCCUCCACGUUUGGAGGACCAAUGAUUUCGAAAAAGAAUAACAAACUCGUAGGUAUGACCAUAAUUCGUUUACCUGAUCAGCCAGUUAUUUUUCAACCAAUUGCACCUUUGCGUGAUUGGAUCCGGAAGCGAAGGUAGGACGUAAUCAAAAAAGAUGAAAAAAGGCUCGGAAAAAUAGAUUAGAGGCACCCUAGGGGCUUCACGCGAUUUUGCAGAACGCAAAUAACUCUGAAAAAUAAAAAUAAUAGUGAAUCAAACCUUCAACCGAAAAUUUGAACCACUUUCGAAGGAUUUUGGCAGAUUUUGGUGGAUUACGGUGAAUAUUGGAACAUUUUUUGACUAAACAAUCUGCGCUAAUUUACUGGUAUGCACGUCAAUCUCAAACAUCUAUAUAUAUUUGAUAAUAUUCAUUAGACUGUAAUGUCAAAAAAUGUUCCAAUAUUCACCGUUAUCUACCAAAAUCGUUCAAAUUUACGGUUGAAUGUUUGAUUCACUAUUUUUUUCAUACGUAUACACCUAAAUUUGACAUAUCUUUGUAUAUUCAGUAAUAUUUUUGAAUAUACAUGGAUAUUUCGGAUUUACAUGCAUAUCAUCGAAAUUCUAAGUUAUUACUUGAUGCGUGUGGAUAUAAAAGAUGAAAAAAAUGAUUUUAUCCCCUAGGAGGCACCUAUAAAAGCUGAAUACCGUCUCUUUUUUGUUCCUGUCAUUUGAUGUUCAACAAAA